GGCUUAUCUUCCCAACUGAGAAAGGAUAUUUUUCAUUUUUCGAGCCGACUUUGACACUAGAUCUCACCUCUUUUUUUUUUUCUUUGUACAGAACAAAUUAGCACCUCAUGUCAGAUAUUGUUGACAUCAAGAAGAGACGUGUGCAAAGCACCAAAAAGUUCAACAUACACUCUAAAAUUUACCAACCUUUUAGGGCCAUUGGCUAUGUCACCAAUGAAAUUCCUUAUUUAAUCAACAAUCUUGGACAAGACUACUUUUUGACAACCUGUGUUGGCAGCAGCUUCCAGACCUACAACCUUGGACGCAUGAACCUUUUAUUUGUCAGUACACCUACCGAGAAGCCCAUUACGUGCAUGGCAACACACAACAAGGUGGUGUAUGCAGCUGCAGGCAAUAUCGUUAUUGGAUACAAGCGUGGUAGAGAAGUUUCCCGAGUUGGAGAUAGUGAGGGCAAUUUCAACAUUACUCAAAUUAUCAUUUUGGGAGCUUAUAUCGCUGCUCUUUGUGAUGAUAACACUGUCAAAUUAUGGGACACCACCAAUGGUGAUUUGUACACCGAAAUUGAGUUUGGAGAAGGAUUUACAGCCACUCAUAUGGUGCAUCCCAAAACUUACCUCAACAAAAUCUUAGUCUCGAGUAGUCAAGGCACAAUGCAGAUCUGGAAUGUCAGAACCAAUAAGAUGGUCUAUCAGUUUGGAUAUUUAGGAUCUCCUGUCACCUGUCUUGAACAAUCUCCUGUCGUCGAUGUCAUUGCUGUUGGUUUAUUAAACGGUACCGUCAUCCUUCACAACAUUAAGGCCGAUGAGAAAAUCGAUAGCGUACGUCAAGAUGAUAGAGUGACAGCCAUUACUUUCAGAACGGAUGAUGAACAGGUUAUGGCAACAGGUAACAUGCAUGGUGAUGUUGCCUUGUGGGAUCUUUCAGAGCGUAGAUUAGCACAUAUCAUGAAGGGUGCUCACGAUGGUUACAUUACAACCUUGACAUUUUUAAACAAUCAACCUAUUUUAGUCACUGGUGGUAAUGACAAUGCAAUCAAGCAAUGGAUUUUUGAAAAAUCCAAUGCCGUUCCUCAUCCCUACAAGUCUCGUAGUGGUCACCACGCACCUCCUUCUAGACUUCAAUAUUACGGUACAGAUAAUAAGACCAUUUUAAGUGCUGGUAGAGAUCGUUCGCUUCGUUCAUUCAGUACAGUACGGGACGCCCAAAGCUUUGAAUUUUCUCAAGGUCGACUUGCCAAAAAAGCUCAAGAUAGAGGUAUCAGCAUGGAUGAAUUAAAGCUUCCUCCCAUUAUCGAUUUUGAUGUGAAUGAUUCCAAGACCAAGGAUUGGGAUAAUAUUAUUACUUGUCAUGCGCAUGAUAAUGGAUGUCGUACAUGGUCUUCCAAGAACAAGAGAAUCGGUGAACAUAUUUUGAUCAGUCAAGAUAAAACCGCGGUUAAGACAACUUGUCUUUCAUCAUGUGGUAAUUUUGGUUUCUUAGGUUGCGCCUCUGGUGUUGUGGAUAUGUUUAACAUGCAAUCUGGACAAUUCCGUAAAACUUUCUCCGGUGACGGUGGACACACAAAACCUGUUACUGGUUUAACAACAGAUACCAUUAACCGUUAUUUAAUCACUUCAUCAGUUGAUAAGACCAUAAAGAUUUGGGAUAUUAAGACCGCUAAACUUGUACAUACCAUCGAACUCGAAUCUCCCGUUGUCUCUAUGCGUUAUCACAUGGACAACGAUCUUUUAGCUGUUGUUUGCGAUGAUUUAGGUAUUCGUGUCAUUGAUAUUGAAACCAAGAAAAUCGUCAGAGAAUUCUGGGGUCACAGAAAUCGUAUUACAGACUUUACCUUUAGCCCGGAUAGUCGAUGGAUUGUUUCCGCAUCAUUGGAUGGUACUGUUCGUACUUGGGAUUUACCCACAGGCGCUAUGAUUGAUAUUUUCAAGGUCGAAGAUGUCGUCACUUGUUUAGCAUUUGCUCCCGAUUCUGACUUUUUAGCUACUGCCCAUGUGGAUAAUGUCGGUAUUUUCCUCUGGUCUAACCGUACUCAAUACUCCAAUAUUUCAUUACGUAGUAUUCCUGAAGAUUAUGAGGCACAGCUUCUUCAAUUGCCUAGUUUGAACGGUACAGAGGACUCAGACGAAGACGAUUCUGAAGAUGAACAAAACGUUGAGGAGGAGCCAGUGGAUACAGUUGAACAAUUGAACGAGAGUAUGAUCACAAUGUCAAUGGAACCUAGAUCCAAAUGGCAUAAUUUGUUACACUUGGAUACAAUCAAAUUGCGUAAUAAGCCAAAGGAAGCACCCAAGUUACCAGAGAAGGCUCCCUUCUUUUUACCUACCUUGCCUGGUGCAAAGGGUCAAUUCAAUCUCGAAACAGUGACUACCUUUGAUACAGAAAACCCUGAUUCCAAAAGAAUCAACUUUUCUCAACUCAAUAUCGAUACCGAAUUCGGUAAAGCUUUGAGAGCCGGUUUUGAAGCUGACAAGAACUUUGCUGCUUUUGUAGAAUAUGCUAAAUCACUGAGUCCCUCUGCCAUCGAUUUAGAAAUUCGAUCCUUCACAAUUGAUGGAGAACUCACACUUCUUAAUUAUUAUUUGGAUGCCAUUCUUUACAUGCUCAAGACACGAAAGAACUUUGAGCUUGCACAAGCAUGGUUAUCUGUAUUUUUGAACAUUCAUGGCGAUUUGAUUGUAGCCAACCCCACAAAUCCUAUUCAUGAAAAAUUACAAGACAUCCUUGCUGUUCAAGGCAAAGAAUUCGGAAGAUUAUCGCAACAAAUUCAUUAUAGUUUAUGCUUAAUCGAUUUCACUCGUAGAACAUAGAUAUCAUUUUACAUACACUUCCUUCCCCAGAAGAAGAAAAUAUUACAUAGGAUUAUUAAAAAAAAAAUAAUAAAAUAAAAAUAUAAUGAAUUGGAUCAUUAUUUAGAUUGUAA